AUGGCUGCCGCAUUGAAUCUGCCCAAAUGGCUUAAAGACAAUUCCCACCUGCUCAAGCCGCCCAUCAACAACUACUGUGUCUAUGCCCCAUCGUCCUCUACCGGUGGCUUGACAGUCAUGGUUGUGGGUGGCCCCAACGCUCGAACAGACUACCACGUCAACACCACGCCCGAGUUCUUCUACCAGCAUAAAGGCUCCAUGCUGCUGAAGACCAUGGACACCUCCACCACGCCGCACACGCCGGUCGAUAUCCCCAUCCACGAGAACUCAAUGUUCCUGCUUCCCUCCAACACUCCCCAUAACCCUGUCCGAUUUGCGGACACCGUGGGCAUUGUACUGGAACAGCCUCGGCCGGAGGACUCUGUUGAUACGCUGAGGUGGUACUGCAAGAAUUGCCAUAACAUCGUCCACGAGGCAAGCUUUCACCUCACAGACCUCGGCACGCAGAUCAAGGAAGGUGUGUUGGCAUUUGAAGACAAUAUGGACGCCCGGACAUGUAAGAAUUGUGGCACGGUCGCAACAUCGAAACCAGCACCAGGUGAGAUUCAACAACCUCCGAGAUUCCCAGAGGAAUGA